GUAGAUUCGUUCUCGAUUUUUGAUGUUACCUUCUCUGAGCUUGCGCUUCAGCUUCAUAAUUAUCGCGGGAACUACCACAGUUGGCACAGUUGUGGGAUUGCACUGCCACCAGGAGACAACGAGCACUAGAGGUCGAGGUGGUAGGACCAAUAGAAGGAAAGAUGCACACCAGGGCGCAGGCAAUGCUCCUCUUGAGGCCCCCGAGCAGCAAGACAAGAGCUGCUUGCUUGCCCUUCGUACAUCUACACCAGGCUGCUUCAUCUUUAUUGCGGUCUAAGAAAAAAACAGCAGAACAACUUGAAAAAGACCGUGUCCUGCCCGCACUUGCACGGCCUUUAGUAGGUGAAGUAACGUAAAAUGCACCGGCCGCAACUCUUUCCUAACAGCUCCUCGUCUUCGUCAACCCGCCUGCCCGCGAACGGCACCCGGACGACCCCACAGAAGCUGCAUGGUGGCGGAGCAUCAAGUGCCUCGUCAAGCUCUGGCUACAAAUCCACCAGACCGGGAAAAGCGCGGAUCUCCACCGGCGGCUCCUCGGCCGCCUUCGAGCCAAAUGGCGGCCCGAACGUGCGGGGUUUCUUCGCGCAGUGGGACAAGGGACUGUCCCAGAUACGCAAAGACCUGCACGAGGAAGCCUGCGAUAUGGGGCGGGAGCGCGACCAGAUCGGGAAACAACGAGUCCGCAGCUACAGCAGCGGCGCGGUGAACUUUUCCUCCGCUGCAGGAGCGGUAGGUGGCCGACAGCAAGGCGGUUCAUCCGGCAAGGCCAGAGGCGCGGGCAACUACAGCACACCAGGGAAAAACAAGAGCAGCUCGAACACAACCAGGGCGGGCGCCGGCGGGAGCCACGCACCAGGUGCGACUACGGAGUCACCUUCUCCGACGUACCGACAACGGAUUCCGAGUGAGUACCAACACUUCUACGAGCAGGAAGUAGAUUCGGACAUCUACUCGAAGGUCCAAGAGCACCAGACGCUGUUCAGCAAGGCGAAUCUUGUGAACGCGAGCGAGUACAAGGCUAUCUGGCAAGAGCAUGACGAGCAGUUUCGGGCUUUUCAAGAGCACGUGGAACCAGGUGAUAGGGCAAAUAAUGGUGAACAGGUGGCGGAAAACGGCGGUGCGGCAUCUGUUAGAUUGCCAAGCGAGGAAAGAAUUAUAGCGCCAGCAGGAGCGGGUGCGGGAGCAACGACUGUGGAGGGAGGAACCAACACACAGCUUCUUCGCUAUUCAGACGUACCUCCUUCCUUUUUUGAUAGGCCUUUUUGUCGCAGAGUGAGCAUUUCAUUCGAAGAGCAAAUUGUGGAAUGCGCUUUGUGAUAUGCAAUACUGCAAGUGCAAGCUUGAAACUAAAAAAUCGUCUAUGAACAAAAGAAAUCGCUCCACGAACUCUAUUGACAGAUUCCCUGGCCGCCCGUGAACGGCGAUAUUCUGGAAUUCUGCGAGGCUUUGUGGGCUCCGGGUCACCCGAAACAGGCCUACCGCAUCGCGUGCCGGCGAUGGCAUCCGGAUAAGUUCUUGGCCUUGUAUGGACACAGAAUACACCCGGAUGAUAAAGAGCAGGUCGAAAAUCGCCUCAAAGAAGUUUUUCAGGAUAUCAUGAAUAGCAAAAGGUGUUGAAGACGAGUUGGUCAACUUCCAGCCCUUGAAGCGAUGAAAUGACGAAACAGCCCUAAAGAUAAGCCGACCAUUAACAAGGUCUGUAUCUUGUUUGUAGAGAUCAAACUACAUGUGUCGCAGCUGAUGUUCCGCUUCCGACGGAGUCAGAUCAGGGAUGUAUUUGCUAAGCGUGAGUGGGAUUUACAUUUUUUUCGACCAAUGAAAAU